AUGUCGAAAGCCAACAAGAGGAUUCUUCUUGUCCUCGAUGUAAACGGAUUUCUAUUAGAACGAACGCGAAAGAAACUCCCGAACUUGCCCUGCGUGAAAGUUCGGAGUACUUACGUGUAUAACCGACCUGGAAUGAUGGAAUUCGUAAAGUGGUGCACUGAACUGUUUGUACUCGGCGUAUGGUCUACAGCAAAGCGAGAGAAUGUUGUCGAGCUGGUCAAACACAUCUUCGGCACGAGCUACCAUCAGGACGUUGCAUUCAUUCUCGAUGGCUCCUCCUGUACACCGACCGGGCUGAGACAUCCUGAGAACAAGUACAAGGAACUCGUGACCAAGGACUUGGAAACUGUUUGGAGAAUGCCAAACAUGUCAAGUUUCGCCAGGAAUCGUACUCUUCUGAUUGAUGACAGCCCCUACAAGGUGCCGUACGGCAUGUGGGCUUCCAAGAAAAACACCUAA